AUGAAUAUAGGUACCCAACAGGUGGCAAAGCAUAAUAAUGUGAGCAUUGUGACAACAAGAAAUGGUAAAUAUAAUGAAAUAGUCGAGGAGGUGGAUGAAGAGGAAAAUCAAUUGAUCAAAGUGGAUCUUGAGAUCAAAGAAAAUGAAGCUGCGAGGGAAGAAGUGGUAACACCGAAACUAGUAGUGAAAGAAAUAGUCAUUGAGCCUAAGCCGGUUGUUAAGCUCCCUUUUCCCACCAAAAACAAGAAAAAGGGACAACAUGAUAAAAACUUUGAAAAGUUUCUAGAGUUGUUCAAUAAGCUAGAGAUUAAGAUUUCGCUGUUGGAGGGUAUGAAGAUUCCAUUAAAGAAGAAAGAUCGAGGAGCUGCCACCAUCCCUUGUACUAUUAGAGAUAGGUCAUUCAACAAAGCUCUUAUUGAUCUAGGAGUUAGUGUGAGUCUCAUGCCAUUAUCCAUUUAUAAGAAGCUUGGUAUAGGGGUUGUGCAAGAUACCAGGAUGACACUCCAAUUCGCUGAUCAUUCGGUCAAGAAACCGUAUGGUAUUGUUGAAGAUGUUCUGGUGAAAAUUGACAAGUUUGUAUUUUUGGUGGAUUUUGUAAUUCUAGAAAUGCCAGAAGAUGGAGAGAUCCCUCUCAUUCUUGGGAGACCCUUUUUAGAGACGGGAAGGUGCUUGCUCAACAUAGAAGAAGGGACCAUGACGUUGAAGGUUUAUGAUGAGGAAUUGAAGAUCGAUGUUUGA